UUGGACUUUUUAAACGCCAAAUGGAAAACGGUUGGGAUGCCAUCACCAAAGACACUAGAAUAUUAUUCCGAGAAUAUUGUUCUAGUGUCUUUGCUAUCACCGAGCCACCGAGCAGUCUUCGCGCAAACAUGAAAGUGUUCAAUGCGAUAAUCGCGGCGCUCGUUUGCCUACUUAUUGCGAAAAAUAACGUAAUGUCGCGCCUGCUGGCUGAGAAUUGUGGAAUAUCAAAGGAGGAUCCAUACGUUCCACUCCAUACGCUCCGCUCCGUCCUUGAGCUCCAAAUUUCGUUAUUGCCACAAGCUCCUGACUUUCCAGUACGGGUUGGUCAGCUACGGAUCCGAAAGCUGCAAGGCUGAUAAUGCAGGUGUUAACACGAAUGUAUCGUACCACACGGAAUGGAUAUUGCAUAUUGUUCAAAACAUGCUGUCUUUCUAGUUGGGCCGCGUUAACCGGACGCGAUUUUCUCCCUUUUUGAGACUCUCUUUAACGUGUAAUUUGGCUGCCUGCGUGCAGUAAUAUUGUACUCUAGAUCAGUCACAAUACAUAUUUGAAACGAAUAAAUAUGAUGGGAGAAUACGAAAUUACUCUAACUGUGUUUUCCUGCUUAAUGACGUUCAUAAAAAAUUUGUAACACAAGAGUCAAAAAGUAAAAUAUAGAACUAAUUUCUAAAAAAAUUUUAUAUUUUUUAAGCAGGGGGAUCCGCUCGUUUACUGGAAAACGACUGUGGAACCACGAGCCAUAGUGGUCAUAUAGCGCGGUUUCAAAGUGAUGAAUUCGCGAAUCCCUGGAUGGUCAUCGUAAUGAUCUCGAGGAAAGCAGAUUGCGGCGGUUCACUUAUAACUGCUCGAUAUGUUUUGACCGCCGCGCAUUGCAUUUCCCCAAAGUAUAUGAAUGUGCGCCUGGGCGAAUACGAUACCCGACAUCCCAUGUCGGACUGCAAUGAUUUCGGCUGCAGACCAAGGGCCUACAAUGUGGACGUGGAUAAGAAAAUAGUUCAUAGUAAUUUGGAAUAUGAUAUUGGUCUGCUGCGAAUGCAAAGGUGUGUGACAUUCUCAGACUAUGUCAGGCCGAUCUGCCUGAUUGUUGGCAAAACGUUUGGUCCCAUUUCACUCUUCAAUAUCACCGGAUGGGGUACAAAUAGUGAUGGAGAACAGCAACAUAGGCUACAGACUGCCACCCUUCAACAAUUACCGCAAAGCAGGUGCGAAAGUCCUGGAAGACCUCUCGAUAUAUCCUAUAUAUGUGCCGGCAGUUUUAGCAGUGAUUCGUGCAAAGGCGAUUCGGGAGGUCCUCUGAGCGCACUUCGUAGAUUUCAGGGGCAGGAAAGGGUCUUCCAGUUCGGUGUCGCUAGCAAAGGACUUCGUUCGUGCGGAGGUUUGGGAACUUACACCAACGUCACACACUUCACGGACUGGAUAUUGGAUGUUAUUCAAAACCAUUCAGGCGAAUUUGAUUGAGAUCAAAAUAUGUUUCUUAAGAUCAAUAUAAUAUUUUAACCUAUACAU